CUAGGGAGUCGCCGGCCCGCAGCGGAUCUGGGGGCCGUCCCUCGGCCUACCUCAGGCCGUGGGAUCUGGCCCGAUCAGGCGCUGAGUGGAAACGUGGAAUCGCGAAGGACCGGGGCGCCGCGGCCUGAGUGAAACCAAAAGGAAAGAGCAUGACAUUUGGAGGCAAAGGACUUAGUUUCAAAUUCCUGCUUCUUCACUUACUGAUUUUGUGAUUUGGCAAAUUUCUUGGUGACAUUUCAUAGUUCUUUUGAAUAUACUGCUCUGUUGAACCACCAUAGUUAAGGAAUUACUGCUGCUGAAGGAUCAUUCAGUUCUAACAAGCAGAUCACAAAGAAAAUCAAUGUAUGAAAUACAUGGGUGUAAUACAUACUGACAGUUCUGCAAGAGAAAUAUCUUUGCACCAUGUUGACAUUGAUUUGGCUAGUACAAGCCUUGUGUAUUUCCCUCACCACUGCAUCUAUAGAUGAACUUCUGCAUUCUUGUGGUCAUAUCAACCCUCCAUCUGCAGUUGUCCAAUGCGGUUCUAAUUUCACUGCAGUUUGUGUGGUAAAGGAAGAGUGUAUGGAUUUUUUUCAUGUAAAUGCUAACUACAUUUACUGGAAAACAAGCCAUUUUACUAUUCCUAAGGAGCAAUAUACUAUCAUAAACAAAACAGCAUCAAGUGUCACUUUUACAAAUAUAGGUUUACUGAAUACUCAUCUCACUUGCAACGUUCUUACAUUUGGACAGAUUGAACAGAAUGUUUAUGGAAUCACAAUAAUUUCAGGCUUUCCUCCAGAGAAACCUAAAAAUUUAGAUUGCAUAGUGGAUGAAGGAAAGAAAAUGCUGUGUCACUGGGACCCUGGAAGGGAAACACAUCUGGAAACAAACUUCACUUUAAAAUCAGAAUGGGCAACAGAGAAGUUUGCUGAUUGUAAACCAAAACAUGAUGCCCCCUCCUCUUGUGUUCUUGAUUAUACGAUUGUGUAUUUUGUCAACAUUGAAGUCUGGGUAGAAGCAGAGAAUGCCCUUGGGAAGACUAAAUCAGAUCAUAUCAAUUUUGAUCCUGUAGAUAAAGUGAAACCCAGUGCACCACGUAACUUAUCAGUGAGCAACUCAGAGGAACUAUCUAGUAUCUUAAAAUUGGCGUGGAGUAACCCAUAUUUUAAGACUGUUGCAAGACUGAAAUAUAACAUUCAAUAUAGAACCAAAGAUGCCUCAGUUUGGAGCCAGAUCCCUUGUGAAGAUACAGCAUCUACCCGAUCUUCAUUCACUGUCCAGGACCUUAAACCUUUUACUGAAUAUGUGUUUAGAAUACGUUGUAUAAAGGCCGAUGGCAAGGGAUACUGGAGUGACUGGAGUCAAGAAGCAAGUGGGAUCACAUACGAAGAUAGACCAUCCAAAACACCAAGUUUCUGGUAUAAGAUAGAGCCAUCACAUGUUCAUGCCUAUAGAUCUGUACUACUCAUAUGGAAGACAUUGCCACCUUUUAAAGCCAAUGGGAAAAUCUUGGACUUUGAAGUGACUCUCACAAGAUGGAAAUCAUCACAGCUACAAAAUUACACAGUUAACGACACAAAACUGAGAGUAAAUCUCACAAAUGAUCGCUAUAUAGCAACUCUAACAGCAAGAAAUCUGGUUGGCAGAUCAGAUGCAUCUGUUUUAACUAUCCCUGCCUUUGACUUCCAAGCUGCUCACCCUGUAAUGGAUCUUAAAGCAUUCCCCAAAGAUAACAUGCUUUGGGUAGAGUGGAUUGCUCCAAAUGAAUCUGUAAGCAAAUACAUACUUGAGUGGUGUGUGUUAUCAGAUAAAUCACCCUGUAUCUCAGACUGGCAACAAGAAGAUGGUACUGUGCAUCGCACCUAUUUAAGAGGGAAUCUAACAGAGAGCAAAUGCUAUUUAAUAACAGUUACUCCAGUGUAUGCUGAUGGACCAGGAAGCUCAGAAUCUAUAAAGGCAUACCUUAAACAAGCUCCACCUUCCAAAGGACCUACUGUUCGGACAAAAAAAGUGGGAAAAAAUGAAGCAGUCUUAGAGUGGGACCAACUUCCUGUUGAUGUUCAGAAUGGAUUUAUCAGAAAUUACACUAUAUUUUAUAGAACCAACGUUGGAAAUGAAACUGCUGUGAAUGUGGAUUCUUCUCACACAGAAUAUACGCUGUCCUCUUUAACUAGUGACACAUUGUACAUGGUACGAAUGGCAGCAUACACAGAUGAAGGCGGAAAGGACGGCCCAGAAUUCACUUUUACAACACCAAAAUUUGCACAAGGAGAAAUUGAAGCCAUAGUUGUGCCUGUUUGCUUAGCAUUCCUAUUGACAACUCUACUGGGAGUAUUAUUCUGCUUUAAUAAGAGAGACUUAAUUAAAAAACACAUCUGGCCUAAUGUUCCAGAUCCUUCAAAGAGUCAUAUUGCCCAGUGGUCACCUCACACACCUCCGAGGCACAAUUUUAGUUCAAAAAAUCAAAUGUAUUCAGAUGGCAAUUUCACUGAUGUAAGUGUUGUGGAAAUAGAAGCAAAUGUGAAGAAGUCUUUUCCAGAUGAUCUGAAAUCAUUGGACCUAUUCAAGAAGGAAAAACCUAGUACUGAAGGACAUAGCAGUGGUAUCGGGGGUUCUUCAUGCAUGUCAUCUUCUAGGCCAAGCAUUUCUAGCAGUGAUGAAACUGAAUCUGCACAGAACACUUCGAGCACCAUCCAGUAUUCUACUGUGGUACACAGUGGCUACAGACACCAGGUUCCAUCAGUCCAAGUCUUCUCGAGAUCUGAAUCCACCCAGCCCUUGUUAGAUUCCGAGGAGCGGCCAGAAGAUCUGCAGUUAGUAGAUCACAACGCUGAUGACAUUUUGCCCAGACAGCAGUAUUUCAAACAAAACUGCAGUCAACAGGAAACCAAUCCAGAUAUUUCACAUUUUGAACAGUCAAAGCAAGUUUCAUCAGUCAAUGAGGAAGAUUUUGUGAGACUUCAGCAGCAGCAGAUUUCAAAUCAUAUUUCACAAUCGUGUGGAUCCGGGCAAAUGAAAAUGUUUCAGGAAGUUUCUGCAGCAGAUGCUUUUGGUUCAGGUACUGAGGGACAAAUAGAAAGAUUCCAAACAGUUGGGAUGGAGGCUGCGAUUGAUGAAGGAACACCUAAAAGCUACUUACCACAGACUGUAAGACAAGGUGGCUACAUGCCUCAGUGAAAGACUUGUGCUGUUACGACUUCAGCAGUUCCUAUAAAGUAAAGCUAAAAUUAUUUUAUCUGUGGAUUCAGAUAAAAAAUAAUCUUCACUUCCUGAAGAUGAUUAUUUGCCCUAAAGGACAAAAACGUACUGAAUUGUUACAUGGGCUAUUUGCAUUCCAGAAUACCUGGAAUUCUCCUUUAAGCACUACAUAAACUGACUUUAUCCUCUGAAUAGCUGACUGACUUAGUGCUGUUUUGGGAUGUUUGCACUGAAGAAAAACAAAGCUUAUCUGAAACUUAUAAAGUAAAACUUCUUGUUUUGCUGUUGAGAGAGGAGAGGGCAUUUAAGUAAUAAGCAGUAAUAUACUUACACAGCUACAUUCAUUUUGAUGAAAACGUUGAUCAAAUACAGUGACUUAGAGACAUUUAAUAUAAAAAAUUAGAGGAGCAAAGUACAGAUCCUCUCCUUAAGCUGACAACAUACUUUUAGAAUAGUCCCUAGGUCCUAAGUAUAUGAACCCAGCUUUUGUAAAAUCUGACAAAAAAGGGUGGGGCUUACUUAUAUAGUCAUAUCAGUAUACAAAAUAUUUGUUCAUUCCCUUCCAUUAAUAAUAAUGUUACCAGUUGUUCCUUUAGAAAAGGAAUUCCAGAGCUUUACUUUGGCAAAUUAAAAAAUAUCCAUUUUUAAACUAGCAUAUAAUUAACAUAAAAUUUUCAAAAAUAUGAUUAUUAUUGACAACCUUUUGAAUAUCCAUCUCAUGAAAGCAUCAUGCCCUCGUAAGAGCCAGGAAUAAAUACCACAAACUUUCUCAAGCAUUUAAAAAAAAAUUGUCUGCCACUAUAAAGGCUCACACUGUAAACGUUUUUCUACACAUAUAUAAAAACAUUGACCCUUCAAUUAAGACUUCAGAGAGUUUAGUUAAUAAAGCACUUUAUACAAUAUUAGCUUAAAAUGUGUUAUAAUUAAAUAUACUUUGUUUUUAUUUUUAAGUAGGCAAAGAUUUAACUAUAUUUUCCUAGUUGGUGUUUGAAGCAAACCUAGUGAGAGGACUUGGACAGUCUUCACCAAAACAAAACAGAUCCCAAAAGUGUACUAAUCUUAGUAAAUAACACAGCAAAUAUACUUAUUAGAGAGAUACUUAAUAAAGAGAUUAUUUUAAUAUCUGCCAGUUCUGACAUGGUGGAACUUAUUUCUACUUUGUGACUGAAGAACACUUCAAACUUCUUUCUUCCAUAUCUUCUUCAGGUCAAAAAUGAGCCAGGCCUCCAGAGUUUAAUGGUAAAGCCACUAACACAUUUAUGCCAUCCCUACACCUGCCUGUAACAUAGGCUGGUCAUAGGGGCUAAGAAGAAGAAACUGUUAGGCUCUGUUAGUGGUUGACUACUGCUGUUAAGUGAGUUCAGAGGAAAUAGAUUUGUUUUUCUGUCAUUUAAGUUACACAGGCCAAGUGAACUUAAAAUAGUUUGUAGAGGUUAUUAAAGAAUAAAGGGUUAAGAAAAAUUGGUAUACAUUUACAGUUAAAACAUAGUUCUCUUUAGUCUUUCAGAAUAUUGUUCAGUAGACGUCCUUGUGUAUUUUAUCAUUUGUAUUCUUACAUUUAUAUAGUGCCUAACACUUUUCAGAGUUCUUUCACAUAUACGGAUGGACUUCUUUGUGAGACAGUGAGGAGAUGCUUUGUUCUGAUUGAUCCAGUUUCCUACUUUAGGUAUAACAAACAUGAAACUGGUAAAGUAGCAGAGUUAGAAGUAGAUGAGGAAACAGAAAUCACAGCCAAGAGACCCAAAUUCACACUACAAGAUAAUGGCAUCACACCAUUUAAGUUGGUCAUCAAAGGCUGGUUUAGAUCGGAAUUGUCUUACUUUGUAUGUUUGUCAGGAAGUUUAUACAUACUGUUACGUUUUUCAUUUCCUCAAAAUAUGUAAUGAUGUUACUGUAAUCAUGUUUAGCUGUAACCUUCCUCAUAACAUUAGCAGUGUUGUGAAGAACAUUGUAGCAUGAAGUUUAUAAAUUUUAGGGAGUGGUUAUAAAAUGUGAACUUAUGAUCUAAGGGAAUAAGAAUGAUCAUUGAAGAAAGGAUCUCAUGUUAGCAAAUCUGCAUGUUGAAACCUGUAUAGAAUAUGGUACAAUAGCUGAAUGCCCCAGCCACAAGAGCACUUUAGAUAGAUUAAAUGGAUUAAAUAUGUACUUACUGAGGAAAAAUUUAUUCAGGAAAUGAAUAUGUGUUUGAGCACUAAUAGGUAAUGUACAUCUUUGCCCUAAAGAGAAGCAAUCAUAGAUCUUUUUUAGAUACAAAAUUACUUUCCUAGAGCAUGUCUUAGAAUAAUUAUGUUUUGAUGCAUGUAAACUGUAUUUAGGUAGGUAGAGAAACAAAUCUUUGUUUAUUUGUGUAAAAACUAGUAUUAGAAAGUUAGUGGAUUACUCUUUAAAUCUUUAGUGUCUAAGGAUGUUGUUUAAAUUAAUGCCUAACUCAUCACAAAACUGCCCCUUUGUGGGCCAAAAUUAAUUAACUAUUUCUAAUGCAAUUUCCCCCGUGUAGGAUUUUUGUUCUUAAAGGUCUAACAUAUAUUGCAUGUGUUGCUGUUGUAAUUUGACUGUCUGUCAUGUUUUUAAUAUUAUUCCUUCAUCUCUUAGAAAGGGAGGAUGCUGAAUAAUUUAGAGAACCAGAAAACAUCAGACUUUCUACCCACUAAAAUCUAAAAUUUUAAUCCAUUUUUAGUAUGGAUCCAUCAACACUUGGGAACAUACCCAGCAACUGAGUAGAAGCAAGGGGAGAAAAGCAAAAUUAUCAUUUUUUUUUCCAUGUCUGUUCUCUACCUAGUUACUCAUUUAAUUUCCAACCUUAGUCCUUGAUAAAAAGGUUUUACUACAUGAAGUCAUUCAAUGACCCUCAUACUUACGGUGAGGUUAAAGGUUAGUGAAGUUGAAGAAUACUUAGAAUAUAUUUAUUGAAGCUCAUAUUUAAAGUAGAACAUCUAAAGUAGUUUUAGAAAUAGAAAUCAGAUACAAUUGUUCAAGAUGUCUUUUUUCUACCCACAAAAUUAACUAGGUAAAACAAUGAUAUAAAUGCAGAAAUUAAAAUCACGUAUUGGAAUUUCUCAAAGUAUUUCUGUUUGCUGGCACAUAUUGACCAAGUAAGUUAAGCAGAAGAGAGCUUCCUCCAUUCUGUUAUAUUCCACAUCAUUCUCUACUGAUUUUGCACAGUUAAGAGCAAAUUUCUAAACCAUACAUAUCUGUUUCAAUUAGGUUUUAUUUUGUUGCGAUGUAUAAAAUAUCAAAAUAAUCUCCAUAAAUUCAUAAAUUUAUUCAAGAAAUAAUUGGGAUAACUAUUAUGGAUAUUGUUAGAUUAUAUUGCCCUGGUAAGAUUACUUUUUUAAAAAUUUUUGUACUUUUCUGUAUAUUAAUUUGGAGCUAUAAAACAGCAAGGUUUUUAGGGCUAGCCUAAAAUUGGGCUUUGUCACAGAUCUCAGAAAGGUUCAAAACUAGCAAACCUACAGCCUAAUUCUUCUUUGGAUUUGUCAGCAGUACUUUUUCAUACUGUUUAGAAACAAAAAGGUCUAAAUCAAAGCAAAACUUUCCAAAGUCAAGAAGAUCUUUUGAAUUUAUUUUUUUCCAUUCUCUAUGCUAAUAGGAUGUGAUUUAGCAUGCUAUUCUUAUAUAUAUAUUGCAUUGAAAAUUAAAAAGUUUCAACUCAGGGUAAGCUCUUCUGUUACUUAUUUAUUUCUAAAUUUUAAGGGCUUUUUGCAGUUAAUUCCUGCAAACUGAAUAGUUCCUGCUAACUUUAUCAUCUCCUUAUUCAUUAUUAAUGAAUCAUGAUGAACGUGCAUUUAAGACUUACAGUGAGAAAUGUUCCGGAUCUUUUAUUCUUAGAACACAAGAGUUUUGUUUGAAUGGUAACUACAGGUUUCACAUGAAUUCCAAGAUAGGAUGUGUCAGAAAUGGGGGAGGGGGGGUGUAUUUUAAAGGUGGGUAUUUGAGAAUCUUUUAGUCUUAAUGUGUGUGUAUAUUGAAUAAUAUACCCUAAAGUAAAUGUGCAAUUUGCUAGCAUAACAAUGCAGUGACUUGCAUUAGGGAUGUCUCCAUUUUAUAUCCUAGCUAUGUCCCAUUUCCUGGUAAGUGCAAUCUUUCACAUUCACUUGCUCUUGUACCCCACCUACCUAACGUCCAAGGCUUGUCUAGUGUAUCGUAUUUUUACCUUCACAGCAAAGUGCAUGUGCUAAUUGUAACCACAGCUAUCACUUUUAUGUUGAGAUAACUCUAAAUGCUAUCAUAAAUGUUCUGUUCUCUAUCAGCUCUAAUUCUUUCAGUAAAUUUAAGAAAUAAAUUUUUGUUCAUUUUU